CCGGUUCCCUCCUCUUCAACCUCGGAAACAAAGCUCCUUCUCGCCCUAUCUUCAGAAUUGCUCUCAACAGUCGACUAAUGUCAACCUCCAGAUUCUUGUUCAGCAAUGGCGUCUUCUUCAACUCUUCCGAUACUCCUCCUGUCACCACCUUCCUCGAAACUCUUCCAGGCGCGUACACUACUACGCGCUCCCACGAGAACGGUUCCCGCCUCCUGUUCUGGGAGAGGCAUUUGAACAGGCUCUGCGACUCCGUGCGGAUUCUCUCGAAUUCGCAUCCGAAGCUUCUGUUCGGAGACAAUCGUCCCUCGGAUUUCUCGCGAUCCUUCUGGGAAUUGGAACUCCGGUGUCUCGUCAACGAUUCGGUGAGUAAAGUUCUGCCAAUUGCGAUGGAGGAGAGGACUGACGGUGAGGAACUUUCGAUCACGGCUUUAGUCACUGGAAGUUUGGGGAAAGUGAGUGAGAUUGGGAAUUUAGGUCGAGAACGAGCAGGUAAUGUUCUUGAUGUUUAUGUCCAUGUCGGAAUUUAUGCUCCUACGGUGUUUGGCAUCCGAGAAAAUGGUGCGAAUUUGGCCGUGGUUGGUCGCCGGAGGGAAGCUGCGGAGGCGAAGUAUUCCGAUUGGGUGAGGAUGAGAAAGCCUCUGGAGAAAUUGAGGCCUCCUUCUGCAACUGAGCUCUUGUUGUCGAACGAUGGUGACCGGUUGCUUGAAGGAAGCGUGUCGAACUUCUUUGUUGUUUGUCGCGAGGAUAAAGGAGAAGCUAGGGGGAAAUGCCUAGAUGAGAAGGAAAUUAAAGAUUGUUUCGAAGUUCAGACAGCUCCUCUAAGGGAUGGCGUCCUUCCAGGAAUUAUACGUCAACUAGUCAUCGAUGUGUGCUUAACCAAAGGCAUUCCCUUUCGAGAAGUCGCACCAUCAUGGUCAGAGCAUGAGAUUUGGGAAGAGGCAUUCAUCACAAAUAGCUUAAGAAUUCUUCAGCACGUGGAGACAAUUUCUAUUCCAGAUUCAUGGGAUUCACUUCAUUCAAAAUCUUGGAAGGAGAUAUCAUGGAACAAUAUGCAAUUUGAGCUAUCUUGCAAAGGACUAGAUGACCUGCCUGCAACUGUAUUCGUAUUCCGCCUCCCCUUGAUGCCGAGACAGGUUCCAACGAGGCACGGAAAUUCCUCCAACUGCUGAAGUACUUGGUAGCUUUCUGACACAAAGUUGGUCUGAACUCUAUAGUCAAGACGGUGUAAACAGACUCGGAAGAAUUGUGUAUAAAGCAAACAUUUUUUCUGACUACAUCAUUCAAGAUGAUUCAGCCAUUUAACAAACCUUGUUUUUCUCUGCUUGAUGGAUAACAUUUUAGCUUUUGAACUUUCCAUUUCCAUGCUUCAAUUGGAACCAACAUAAAUACAUAAA